GCAACUUGAUCAGUCUUGCUGGUCACAAUGUUCGCGUAACACUGGAAAACAAACAAGAGACUGCUUUGGACCUGGCUCACUGGUAUGUCCUCCAACGAACUUGUGCACCCUUUGAAAGGUUCAGAGAUGGCUUAAUGUCUCUGGGUGUCCUAGAUGCUCUUCGGAGAUACCCUCUACAGUUAAAGUGUCUUUUUGUUAAGGGUGAAAAGGCCUUAACAGCAAUUGAUGUGGAGAAUCUCUUCCAUGUUAAAUAUUCCGAAAGAGGGAGUAAUGCAUUUCACGAAGAGAGCAGGACCCUGGCAUUCUGGCAAGACUAUCUUCAGGAUGCUGAAUUUGAAAACGAUGUCUCUCUGGAGGAUGUUCUUGUUUUCUGCACUGGAUGUGACAGCAUUCCAGCACUGGGUUUCUCUCCAAAGCCAAGCCUUGAGUUUAUUACCAAUUCCCGAUUUCCAGUGGCAAAUACUUGUGAAAAUAUACUUUGCAUACUAGUUCAUGCAGUUUACACUACUUUCAAAUCCGACAUGAAUUUUGGAAUACGCAAUUCACCAGGAUUUGGAAGAGCGUGAGGGGUAAAAUUACUGAGGACUUUGACCUUGAGUUAUGCCUUGAUUAUGCUAUUGAUGUUAUUUCAUUUUGUUAUCUCCUAAUAUUAAAAUUCUGCAUUUUAUGGACCAAAACACAUUAAGAAGCAUACAGUUAAAAAAUGUUCUUUGUUCUGUUUAAAGAUCCAUUUCAAGCCAUGGUUUUGUGCUCUAGUUCUCUAACCUGAACAGCCAUGCUGCCCUGCUCUAUUGCUCUGGCAGAUUGUUUUUUUUUUCU